GCGGGGAUAAUGUCGUGUGCAAGGAGAGGCGUGUCAACAAUCAAGGAUUUGGAUGUGGGCUAUCUCGGAGUGCGCAUGGAAUGCAAUCGGAGUAAUUACGCAGCGCAAAGGAUCCAACGGGAGAGGAGGAUGACUCCCUGAGGUUUCUAACGCGCCUUUUCCCCGUUCUGAAUGAGCCCGAAUACUACAAUCCGGCGGGUGCAGAGUGAAGUUUGGGACGGUUACACACCACGCAGGAUGUCAUCGGCCAAGAUGCAGGGUCUCAGCUCCAGGGCGCACGCGUUUUCCGUGGAGGCGCUGGUGGGGAAACCCUGCAAAAGGAUGAAAGUGUCAGAGGACUCAAGUUCACAUGAACUUGUGUCGGACAUCUUCCCCGGCUCACCAGAGAUUCCAAGGAUGGUGCAGGAUUCAGCUGCAAGGAGGCCUAAGGACAAGUCCUGUGACGCGGAUCCGUUCCAUGAGGCCGAACCGCCCAAAGAAGAGAUUAAACCAAAUCCCAGUGAAAGUAGACCGGAUAGUGAAGUCCACGUUGAGCUGCAGGGCUCCGAACUUUGGAAACGAUUCUACGAGAUCGGCACCGAGAUGAUCAUCACUAAAGCAGGAAGGAGAAUGUUUCCAUCGGUGCGAGUCAAAGUGCGCAACCUGGACCCCCGCCAGCAGUAUUACAUCGCGAUGGACGUCAUGCCCGUGGAUUCCAAACGUUACAGGUAUGUGUACCACAGCUCCCAGUGGAUGGUGGCGGGAAACACGGACCACUCCUGCAUCUCGCCGAGGCUCUACGUGCACGCGGACUCGCCGUGCGCGGGAGAGACUUGGAUGCGCCAAGUCAUCAGUUUUGACCGAGUCAAACUCACCAACAAUGAGAUGGACGACAAGGGGCAUAUCAUUCUGCAGUCCAUGCAUAAGUACAAACCACGCGUGCACAUCAUAAAGCAUGACCCUCGGAUGGACUUGUCCCAGAUCCAGUCGCUGCCCGCUGAGGGAGUGUACAGCUUUUCCUUCCCAGAAACGGAGUUCACGACCGUCACAGCCUAUCAGAAUCAACAGAUCACAAAACUGAAAAUUGACAGAAACCCGUUUGCCAAAGGCUUCAGGGAUCCAGGAAGGAACAGGGGUGUAUUGGACGGUUUACUUGAGUCUUAUCCUUGGAGAGCUCCUCUCAGCUUGGAUUUAAGGCCAUUUGCCAUACAGUUUCAAGGCAGGUUGGGAUCCUCAACCAGCACUGCUUCCCCGCUCAAAAGUCUCCUUCCCUUCUCGUCUUCUUCAUCGCUUCCUCCAUUCCCCACGCUCUCAUGCCAGGACGCUGCUCUUCACACCUUCGCUCUGCCUUUUUACGGGAAAACCUCGACAAGCCCCACAUUGCCGAGCAGAGCCUUCUCCUCACUGGGAGCAGACAGACUCCGAGGCCUGUCACCAGUACCUUCACUAACAGACUUCCCGCUCUUCUCUGUGAUUCAGGGGAAAAAAGCUCCCAACUGUCAGGAUCCAUGUCUUUCUCGGUCCCCGGGGAGCCCCCAUUGCUUGAUCCCGCUCCACAGGCCUGUAUGCGCUCAAGGGUCUGCUUCGUCUUUACUCCCUCAACUCUCAGACACAGCUGGCCCAUAUUGUCUAUACCGCUACAGCUUUCCCCUUAACUCUCAACUCACUGCUAUUUCCCGGCACACUAAACUAUCCGAAGACAAGACAGGAGGCCGACUGCACCAAACUUCGUGGCACCUGGCCACCGACCACCUCCUCUAAGCAGCUCAAGCCCAAGGAGAGUAACGGACAAAGCAGAAGGGUGCGCCUUUACGUGGGCCAAACCAACCAAAAUAAUUAAAAAAGACCUGUCAGGGAUGAUUUAAUGUAUGUUUUCAAAAAUAUUUGGAUUUUUAACAUUCAGAAGAGAUAUCUCCAAACUGUGCCAAUUGGCUGAAGCAACUGGCUUAAAUGGGAACUGCACUUUUUUGAAUUUUUGCCCAUCAGUUACAAUACUUAUGUUAGACAAGAACAUAUAUUUUUCUUUUUUUAAGCAUUGACUCGCAAAUAAACAUUAGCAAAAGUCAGUUGACAAUGAAGCCAACGAGUGUAGUUCUAAUCCAUCGACCAGUACUCCAAAAAAACCUCCAGAAAUCUCUGUCAACAUGCUAUCUACACACUGUAAGUACAAACCCCCAAACCAGUGACGUUGGCAGGUUGUGUAAAUCAUAAAUGAAAACAGAAUACAAGUAUAUGCAAAUCCGUUUCAACCUAUGUUCAAUUGAAUAGACUGCAAAGACAAGAUACUUAAUGCUCGAACUGAAAGGUUGGGUUUUUUUGUUGUUGCAAAUAUUAGGUCAUGUGGAGUUUGAUGCCUGCAACAGGUUUCAAAAAAGCUGGCGCAAGUGGCAAAAAAGACUGAUAAAGUUGAGGGAUGCUCAUCAAACACUUGUUUGGAACAUUCCACAGGUGAACAUGCUAAUUACGAA